ACUUGCCCCCAUCCUUUUCCCGUUUCCCUCUGGAGGUGGUUGGAUUUGCUCUGGCAUGGCCGAAUCGUGCACGCAGAGCCCGAGUACUGCUGGAAGAGGCAGCUCCCCGCGUUGCUCCUCUCCAGGUUUAUUGCAAUAGAAUAGGUCCUGUCCCUUCCUUGCUUUUCCUGGGGUUCUUCCCAGUGCCUGCAGAGCCUGGACAAGCCCUGGCUGCUCUUAUCCUGCUCAGCCUCUGGUUUAGCCUCGGUUUUCAUCAGCCCAGGAGUCCUGGCACUGGUGCUGUCGCACAGGGAAGUGCUGGAUGCGGACCCAGUUCCUGGCACUGCUCACAUCCCAGUUCCUGAGCAGCAGCACCACAUGGAGGAACUGGGAUGGUCCCAGUUGGUCCCGGGCCAAAUGCCUGAGCUUUGUCCCUGCUGGAGCCUGGGCUGGGCAGUGCUCUCCAUCCACACCAGCUGCAGGAGCCGGAGGGAGCCGGUGCCCCCCCCCCGCCCAGCCACAGCAGCCCCACGUUCGCAGCCCCCCAGGCAGGAGCAGGGGAUAGGGGGGUGCCGCUGGGAGCAUCCAGCCCUGGGCGGAGGUAAAAAUAACCCCUGGGCCGGCUCCAGCCCAUUGUGGCUUCCUGCAAUUUACAGCCCUUCCCGGGGAGGGGGGGAAGAGGAGGCAGGAACUUGCCUGCUUCAUUUUGACCCUUUCGCCACCAGCAGAGAAAGUGCCAGAAGGACCUUGCCUCCCUCCUCCUCCCUCGCUGGAUGGGGCAGGAUCCUGGGGAAGGACCUGGACCCGCACCCAGCAUCCACCCAGGUGGAUGGAGGAGCGGGAACUGCUGGAGUGGACGUGGUUUCUCUGGCCCGUCCUUGAUGCGCUGUGUGCUGGGGAGGGACAAAGAGACUCAGUCCUGCCUGGGAGGAGGCACAUCCCUGCUGUGGAUCCCAGAAUCCUGGCCAGGCUCCUAUAAGGAGGUGGCAGAAGGAGGAGGAGAGCUGCUGAGGGCCUAAUCCAGGAGCCAAGCGAAGCUUUGGGAGCCUCCCCGUCCGCAGCACCGGACCCGUCCGCAGCCACUCGAGGGGGAACAGAGCAACCGGGGUUCACGUUCAAGGGCUGGGGGCGAUGGUGCCCCCGGGCAGCCCCCCUCUUGCCGCCUGCGCCUCCAGCAACCUGCACCUCGUGGUCCCCGGCCGCGGCUCCCCCCUGGCCCGGCUGAACCGGAGCCCCGGGUGGCCGCGGGAGCCGGGAGGUGGCGGGGCCCGGACGUGCAGCGCCGUGGAGCGGCUGGAGGCCGACAAGGCCAAGUACGUGAAGUCCCUGCAGGUCAUCAACCGGCGGCAGGAGCCGGCGCUGCGGAGCCGCUCGCCCUGGCUCUCCCCCGGAGCCCAGCGCGCCCUCGCCCGCCAGCAGCGGCACGAGUUGUGCCAGAGCCCCGUGCUGGGACCCGAGGCCCUCCUCAUCCACCGGCAGGGACGGGACUGCCCGGACGGGGACAAGGAGAACGCCGACGGCUCCGCGCUGCCGCGACCGCUCUGCCAGGGCCCCCGCAGGGACAAGUGCCCCGGCUCGUCCCCUCCCAGGGGGCUGGGUGAGGGGCCGCCGGCACCCCAGAGCCCCGAGACCCCCGUGCCGUGGGUGCCCACAGAGGAGGAGGAGGAGGAGGAGGCGAGGACGCCGGGUGCCGGCAGCGGAGGUGGCAGCGCUGGCAUCGUCGCUCUGCCCGGCGGCUCCGUGGCGCAGCCCCCCGGGAAGCCGGCGCUGGCUCUGCGCCUGUCGCUGCCGCUCUCGGAGCAGGAGCGGUUCUUCAACUGCUGCGGGCUGGACCGGGCGCUGGUGGAGCUGCUGGGCCGGGAGAGGUUCGUGCCCGCGGGCUGGGAUAACUCCCGGGCUCUGCUCCACGGCUCCUGCGAGUCGGAGCCCGGGCAGGCCUCGGGGGGCAGCGAUGGGGAGGUGGGACCGGGUGAGGAGGAGCCGGAUGCUCGGCUGGGCUCUGCCGUCUCGGUGGUAGAGCGCAACGCUCGCAUCAUCAAGUGGCUCUACGACUGCCAGCGAGCGGGGGUGGCGGCCCAGGAGCCCGCUGUCUAAGUGGAGGUAGCCCCGGGGAUGUCCCCGUUCUGGUGCUACGGAGCAGCUGGCUGAGAGGGCCGCCAGGUCUACCCAGGACCAGGGAUGAGUCCACAGGGGCACCUGGAGGGCAGGUGGGAAAGGGGCUCCCCUGGGGGAGUCUGUCCUUGUCCACAGGGCUGGCAGGCUGCUGCCUCUGUGCCUGACCCAGCUCCAUCCUCCCCGUCUCCGCUCUUGCCCUGCACCAGCUGGAAGCCAUGGGGUGGGCAGAGCCCGAGCCCCCCACUGCAGGCAGUGCCCACC